AUGGUCAAAGUCCUCAUCUCCCUCAGCGUGUUGGCCGCUGCCGCUACGGCUGGCUCCGUCACGGAACUCCCCGAGUCUGUGACCAAGCUCAUCGACUACUCCAUCAACCCCUGCGACGACUUUACCAAUAUGCGUAUCAACAUCCAAAACGAAGCCGCAUUGACGAAGAUUUACUCUGACAACACGACCAAGCUUGGUGAGUUUUACAACUCCUGUUUGGACACGGCUACGCUAUCGUCGCUUGGCCUGACUCCGCUGGAGGACUCGUUCAAAGCCAUUCGGUCGGCCAACACCACGUUGGACCUCCUCAUCGUGGCUGGUGAAUUGGCCAAGAACGGCAUCCCUGCCUUCGUGGACAUCAAAUCUAGCGCUGACGACAACGACUCGACCAAGAACGCCCUCUUCGGUUUCCGAACCCCCCUGCCGCUGAGUCGCUCAUACUACACCAACCAUUCCAAGUGGGAGACCGUCGAAGCCGACUACAUGGUGUACAUUUCGACGGUGUUGCAGCUAGCUGGCUACACUACUGAGCAAGCGGCGGCUGCCGUGCCGGUGAUCAUCCGUUUCGAGCAAACGCUGGCGGGUGUCGCCCUCAGCAGCCUCGAGGAGAUGGAGGUCGUUUUGUCUCGGUAUACUGCGCUUACGUACUCCCAACUGGACCAGAAGUACCCGCUGCUUGUCGGCUCGUGGCUCAAGGCCCAUGGCUUCGACAUCUACGACCAGUGGGGUGGGUCGAACGACUGGGUGGGGUUUUACUACUUGAACUACUUUGACAAGACCGAAGAGUUGUUGAAGAACACAACGCUGGACAAUCUCCGCACCAUCGUGGAGUAUAAGCUCAUCCACGCCUCGUCGACCCACUUGACCCCUGAAUUCCGCACGGCCAACUGGAACUUGUUCGGCAACAAGAUCAAUGGAGAACAGGUGGAACCUACUCGUGAAAAGUACUGCGUGUCUGAGACGGGCAAGACCAUGGGGGAUCUCUUGGGCCAGUACUUCUUAGACGAGGUAUGGUCGGCAGAUACUGCCAAGACGGCCGACAAACUGGUCAAGGCCUUGAAGUCGUCCUUCUCCACUGGCAUAGCCACUGCCGACUGGUUGGACAACUCGACCCGCGCCAACGCGCAAACGAAGCUGUCCAAGUUUGUACACUUGUUGGGUGGCCCGGAGAAGCCGCAGCUGUACCCCACGCUGACGUUUGACUCGAAGUCGUUUUUGAACAACCAGUGGAAGGUGUCUCAAGUGAACAUCGACACCAACUUAAAGCUGAAGGGCCAACCUGUGGACAAGCGCAGGUUCGCCGUGCCCGCCCAUGAGGUGAACGCGUACUUCGAUCCCUACGAAAACCUCAUUGUGUUCCCGGCUGGCAUUUUGCAAAAACCAUUCUUUGACGGCCAGUUUGACGCCGCCCAGAACUUUGGUGCCAUCGGGAUGUUCAUCGGACAUGAAAUUACCCACAGGUUUGACAACACCGGUCGCAAUUACGAUGGCGACGGCAACUGGAAACAGUGGUGGUCGAACGCCACCAACGAUGCGUUCAAGGCGAAAGCCCAGUGCAUUAGCGACCAAUACUGCAACUUUGAGGUCAGGAGCGAAUUGACUGGCGUUGUGUUGGGCAACGUCAGCGGCAAUAUCUCUUUGGGUGAAAUCAUUGCGGACAACGGGGGGCUGAAGACCAGUUUCCCUGCGUACCACGAGUACUUGAAGGAGUUCCCGUCCCAGUACAGGGAACGGUGCCGCCAAUUAUCGUUGUGA